AUGAAGACUUUAUGUAGAACGCUUUUGAUGCGGAUUACGGCAAGAUCGGCGGGAACCAGCUCAACAAAUAAAUUUGAUCCAAUGGACGGCAAGGUUCAUCUCAAUGUAAAAACCAUUGAAAAUCACAGCCGAGAAGUAGGACGAUUCAAGACGAAUAAACCACCAGUCUAUGUGGGACCGUACGUUCACCCUCUGAAAGUUGGUCCUGAUUUCACUCUACGAGACAAUCGACCUUGCCCGUUCACCUCGAAAGAACAGUUGGAGCAUAAAAAGGAUCAGAUUCGAUUAACGAAAAAAAUUGUUUCACUUUUGGCGCAGAUGGAUGAAAUUGAAAAAGAGAACGAGGGGUCCACGAUAAAGAAACUUGACAAGGCCACCGAACAAAUGAAUGAACGACCACGCGCAAAAGGAAAUAAACUGAUUAGGGAAACCAUGGCUCUCGAGAUUGAAAAAUCAUUCUCCGGUGUGUCUGGCGGAGAUGCUGAGGAAAAUCUACAAAUUCGUCUGUUUUUUCAAGAGAUAGAAGACCGCGAAUGGAAAGAGGCCAUAAAUACAAUACGGGCUUGUAAGAGUGCCCACUCGAGGCAAAAUAUGCUCCGCGAGCUGUUGGCGAGAUUGCUUCAGCAACAAGAAUGGGAAACGAUUUGUAAAAAGAUCUCUUGGGACGAGUUUUCUGAUGAAGUUAUUUCCCAACUGACGCUGAAAGCCCUCAACCAACCGCCCAACGUGACGCCAAAUUGUUACGAGUUGAUGGUCGCUUUCUACAUAGCUCAAAAGGAUUACGUGCAAGCUUCGAAAACGUUGUAUCAUUGGUCCGAGCAAUUAAAGAGAUUAACACAAGAUCCAACGAUUCUUGCUAAACGGCGGGAUGCUCUGUCUGCCUCGGUGAUGUACUUGAAUAUGAGCAAGCGCGAGGGUUUUCCUUUCACCGAAACCUCGGAUAGUGCAAAGAGUAGCGUAUCAUCUACGUCUGCCGAUGAUGAAGGCAUGGAUGAAACCGAUUCGCAAGGAACAUCAAUGAGUUGGAUAAUCAAGGAAAAGAAAAAGCCCGAAACGACCAAUAUUUCCUACAUUAGCAAGGAGCGGCUUGAACGCGAGUGGGCUUUGAUUGACGGGCGAGUGAUCUAUUGGGAUGAAAAGCAAGCAAUUCCUCCAUCCGAUCCCCAAGAUAUUUUCAAUUUUCUUUUGGAGACUCGUCGCUUCAAUCUCGCAUUAGGAUUUGCAAGACACUUCGACUUUUCGUUGGUUAAAGUUCUUCACGGGCUUGUGGUGGAAACGUUGAAGCUUGAUCAGAACCAUGAAAUAUUGGCCGAAGGUCAAAUGUUUGUGUCAGCAAAGCUAAGCAGUGAUCCCUGGGAAGUGGUCAGAGGGUUGUUGGAUACGAUAAUCAAAGCUCGGUCAGAACUGAUAACAACAUCGUUGCAUUCAAUUGCUGAAGAACUUUUACGGCACAAGGUUCAAUUACCGUAUUGGCUCGACUCUAUGUAUACGGAACAUGAUGUAGGAGCUUAUCUCCAGCUGCUCUCCGAUUUUGGUCGAAACGAAGAUGCGCUGAAAGUCUUAAUUGCCUACACAGAACCAAUGAUGGGAAAAUUGGUGGGCACGGAUGUGCGAGUUUUUCUACCCUAUUGGGCGAUCGAUGUGGUUUUGUUGAGAGCCAAAGAGGAUGCAUCUAAACGCGUUAAAGAGUUGUUUACGAUAGCAGUCCGGUCACUGCAAGCUCUACAAAAACGAGUUCAAAACUUCGAAAUCGCCAAUAAGCAAUCUCAUUUUGCCGGAUCUCGUUUU